CCUAAUCUUCAUCUUCUUCCCUCUCUACCUCACAUCACAGUAGUCUCUGUCUCUCUCUCUCUCUAUGGCUUUCACUUUCACUUUCACUUUCACUCUAUAAUAAUAAAUAAACCCAAACAUUUUCAAACCAUACUCACUUUACACUUCUCUAUUCCCUCCAUAAUCACUUAGGUUUUUUUUUUUUUUUUCCAUUUCACUCAUUUAGUGUUAAAUAAAAUUCACACUAAUCCUUCUUAUUUAUGGUUUGUAUAUAAUUGUGAAUUGUUCAAAAAUGGAUCCACCUAUUAUUAACGAAGGUUCAUUCUCGGCGGCGAAUCCUUCUUCUUACACCUUGGCUGAGAUUUGGCCGUUUGCCGCAGCAGCAAAUGGUGGAGGAAACGGUGAACUUGGUGGAGGAGGACUGGGACUCAGAAUGAGUAGCUUUACGGGUUUAUUAGAAGCGGCUGCGAACUCCAUUAAUGAAUCUACUCUGACGGAGCAGAGUGGAAGAAGCGGCGGAGGCGGAGGAGCUGCUGGUGGUAGUGGUGGAGGUAAUGUUGGUGUAAGGAAGAGGGAUAUGAAUUCGGAGGAUGAUUUUUCUAAGUUUGUCUCUACUAGUGAUGCUAAUGAUUUGGAUGGUUCAGUUGCUAAACGUUUGAAAGCAUCCCAAUCUAAAGAAGAAAAUGGUGCUUCAAAGGUAGAAGCAGAAUCAAGUUCCCAUACGGCUAACAAGGGGACUGAACAAAGUAGUAAACCUGAGCCACCUAAGGAUUACAUCCACGUAAGGGCAAGAAGGGGUCAAGCUACUGAUAGCCACAGUCUAGCAGAGAGGGCCAGGAGAGAAAAGAUCAGCGAGAGGAUGAAAAUUCUGCAAGAUUUGGUUCCUGGAUGUAAUAAGGUUAUCGGAAAAGCACUUGUUCUUGACGAAAUAAUAAAUUAUAUCCAGUCACUACAGCGUCAAGUUGAGUUCUUGUCCAUGAAGCUUGAAGCAGUCAAUUCAAGGAUGAACCACCCUAUAGAAACCUAUCCUUCAAAAGAUCUAGCACCAUCAGCUUUUGAUACCACUGGAAUGAUUUUCGGCACUCAAGCACCGAGAGAAUAUGCUCAAGGGACACAAUCCGAGUGGCUCCAUAUGCAGGUUGGCAACAGCUUUGACAGAGCAACAUGACAGAUACCCUAAUGAAUUGGAACAUAGAUUAUUCAGAAACAUUAGCCUCCCACAAUUCAUCAUGAUGUCUUUUAGAGAACCUUGGUAUUCAGAAGCAUUCUUAAAUGUGUAAUCAUAAUCAUUUCCAGUAGAAUUGUCUGUAUUAUCGUUGUAUGAUCAAUGUCGUCUAACUCAAGUGUACUUGUAAUAUGUUUGUAUUGAUAUAAGAAAUAGACUAAGCAAACUUUCUCAGAA